AUGUCGCUUCCUCGUCGGUGGACUGAUCAGUCGAAUCGAUCCAACAGACAGCUCCUCAAGCCUGGGAGCUUCAGCAUUCGUCGUUCGCAAACGGAGGCGACCUCGUCAGAACCUAAGCUCUACGAGUGCAUGUUCGCUCGAUAUCAACUUUCACCGGAAACGCUGCUCAAAUGGCUAGAAGACAAUUUUCCAGAUUACAAACCGUUUGAUAUAAAGGUCGGCAACGACCAGUACAAGUUUCGAUUGCCUAGGAACCUGGAUGAGAAAGACAAGCGCGAGCUCCUGCGACUCCGUGACCAAGAUGUCAGGGAUCCAAACCGUCGCUCAGAGUCCCCAGUGCCUGAUCAGCACUCAAAUCCAUGA